CACCGGCAACCAGGUUUAGUAUUUCGUUAUUUGUGCAAGUUACAUUUGUUUAGACGAAAUGUACAAACAUUACAUUUUGGCUUUGGGCGCCAUUUUCUGUUGCGCACAAUGCUUACCGCUCGACGCUACUCACAGCGAGUCAACAUCGACCAGCCAACUUCAUUUGGUUGUGAACAACUCGACACAAUCCACAAAUUAUCACCUCACGCCGGUGAUGAGUGAACUGGAGAAUAUAGAUCAGCAGAUAGACGACCAACUAAAAGCAAUACUACCGUACCUUAACUUCUUUUUUGAUUCGUUACUCGGUCAACCAAAAUCCGCAGAUGAGGACGACUGUAUUAACGACAUGGUGAUUGAGCUGGUCCCAGAUGAAACUGCAUCACCUUCAACAACUUCGACAGACAAUAAAUCAGAUCAGAAAUCUGAAGAUAAGUCUGCGACAAAUCCUGACACAGCUAAUACUAAGGAAAAUGCCAAUGACAAGCCUCUACCAAAACCUGAUGCCGAUUCCACCCCAGAUAAAGCAGCCAAAAAGAUUCAGUCAAAUUCUUAAUUGAUACUGUACACAAUUUCGACAGUCCGCUUUCCCAAUUUACGGAUACGCAUGUCUAAGAUUUUACUUUAAUUUUUAUUUAUUAUUUAACAGCUGCCUGAAUUAAGAAACAAUGCAGAUAUAUUCAUAAAUAGUUUUUAUCUAUUAUUA